GCCCUGGAACCAGCGAGAGCGCAGGCGAGGCGCCAGGGCAGCGGCACUCAGUCGGUCUGUCUGUCCGUGGGCCUGCAUGCCUUGCCUGCCAGCCUAUCUGCUUGUCAUUCAUUGCUUCUGCCUUUCCACGACUGAGAGCAGUCAGGAAGCAGAGAGAGGCAGACUCGGGGCAGAGAGGGAAUACCUGGGAUAGAAAAGACCACAGGAUCAUAGGAUUUAGAACUGGAAGAAAUCUUGGAGAUCAGCGUGAGCCCUCUCCCUGCUAGUCCCUCCUCUACCCCCUCUCUCCGCGCCCCCCCUCCUCCAGGUGAGCAUUGGAGCAAAGAGAGACUACAUUUAAAGAACCGCCUUGGCCUCUUUGUUGAAUGAGAAAUUCAGAGCCAGGGCGUCACCAUGAACACCAGCAUUCCUUAUCAGCAGAACCCCUACAACCCUGGGGGAGGCACCAAUGUUAUCCAGUGCUAUCGCUGUGGGGACACUUGCAAAGGAGAAGUGGUCCGUGUGCAGAAUAACCAUUUCCACAUCAGGUGUUUCACCUGUCAAGUGUGUGGCUGUGACCUGGCCCAAUCUGGCUUCUUCUUCAAGAACCGUGAGUAUAUCUGCACCCAAGACUACCAGCAGCUCUAUGGCACCCGCUGCCACAGCUGCCGGGACUUCAUCACAGGCGAGGUCAUCUCUGCCCUGGGCAGGACCUAUCACCCCAAGUGUUUCGUGUGCAGCUUAUGUAGGAAACCUUUCCCCAUCGGUGACAAAGUGACAUUCAGUGGCAAAGAAUGUGUUUGCCAGACGUGCUCGAACUCUAUGAUCAGUGCCAAGCCCAUCAAGGUUCAUGGACCAAGCCACUGUGCUGGCUGCAAGGAGGAGAUCAAACAUGGCCAGUCUCUCUUGGCCCUGGAGAAGCAAUGGCAUGUCAGCUGCUUCAAAUGCCAAACCUGCGGGGCUGUCCUCACUGGGGAGUAUAUUAGCAAGGAUGGAGUACCCUACUGUGAGACUGAUUACCAUUCCCAGUUUGGCAUUAAGUGUGAGACGUGUGACCGUUAUAUCAGUGGCAGGGUCUUAGAGGCAGGAGGAAAACAUUACCACCCAGCCUGUGCCAGAUGUGUUCGCUGCCAACAGAUGUUCACAGAAGGAGAGGAGAUGUACCUCACAGGUUCUGAGGUAUGGCACCCAAUCUGUAAACAGGCAGCCCGGGCAGAGAAGAAAUUAAAGCACAGGAGGACAUCCGAGACUUCCAUUUCACCACCUGGCUCCAGCAUUGGGUCCCCCAACAGAGUCAUCUGCGACAUCUUUGAAAGUCUAGACCUCCGGCAGCGGCGAGCCUCCAGCCCAGGCUACGUUGAUUCUCCGACUUACAGCCGCCAGGGCAUGUCUCCUACCUUUCCCCGCUCACCCCACCAUUAUUACCGCUCAGCUGCUGGAGAAAGCAACAUCUACCGGAAACCCCCCAUCUACAAAAGACAUGGGAGCGAUGAACAUCUAGCUGGAGCUCAAGCAGUUACCAGAAUGCCUCAGAACGGCUACAGCCCAAGAAAGGGAAUGAGCUCAAAGGCAGCUCAGUGGAUAGUCCCUGAAGCAGGAGUGCUGGCAACGAAAAGCAAAACCAGUGAAGAUAUCACCCAGUCCUCCAAGUAUGCUCCAGCCUACUCCCCAGACCUCUACUAUGGCUCAGAAUCUGAGUUCUGGACCUACCACAGCUCCCCCAAAGUGCCCCGAGCCCGGAGGUUCUCAGCCGGAGGAGAAGAGGAUGAUUUUGACCGCGGUCUGCAUAAGAUCCAGAGUGGGAUUGGACGGCUGAUUCUGAAGGAGGAGAUGAAGGCUCGCUCCAGUUCCUAUGCAGAUCCCUGGACCCCUCCCCGGAGCUCUACCAGCAGCAGAGAAGCCUUGCACACUGCUGGCUAUGAGACUUCCCUCAAUGGCUCUCCCCGGUCCCAUUACCUGGCUGACAGUGAUCCCCUCAUCUCCAAGUCAGCCUCCCUUCCUGCCUACCGGAGAAAUGGGCUUCACAGGACACCCAGUGCAGAUCUCUUUCACUAUGACAGCAUGAAUGCCGUCAAUUGGGGGAUGCGAGAGUACAAGAUCUAUCCAUAUGAACUGCUUCUGGUGACCACCAGGGGGAGAAACCGAUUACCCAAAGAUGUGGACAGGACGCGUUUAGAACGUCACCUGUCCCAAGAAGAGUUCUAUCAGAUCUUUGGCAUGACCAUCACUGAAUUUGACCGACUGGCCCUCUGGAAGAGGAACGAACUGAAGAAACAAGCCCGGCUUUUCUGAGAUCACAAAUCUAUAAAUAGACAUUUAUAUAAAGAUAUAUGUAUAAAUCUCUAUAUUGAAGCUCAGUAUAACCCACUGUCAUACAGAAAGAGAUGCUGCCUGCAGGGAUAUUUGCUUUUCUGGACUGUCAGGCAAUUUCUAAGUUAUUCAAAAGUUUUUAACUUCUUCAUUUCCUCUUUUCUAAGUGCACUGAGAUCCGGGGAAGGAUUUUCAGGGAGCUCUAGCCCUUUCACUAGGGCCUUUUUUAUACAAAAACAUCUCGUUUGUGGUAACUUGGGCUCCCCCAACCCCCGCCAGAGUCCCAGUCCUCUCUACCAAGAGAGACCAUGGGAAUCUCUCCUCUGUUCGAUCUCCUGUCUCUUUCCCAAGCAUCCACUGUGUGCCUCACGUGGUGAAGUGGAAAGAGCACUGGAUUUCUAGUCAGAGGUCCUGGGUUUAAAUCCAGGCUCUGCUGCUUACUACAUGUGUCACCUUGGGUAAACCAUUUAACUCUUCUGGGCCUCAGUUUUCUCUUCCACAAAAUGAGGGGGCUGGACUAGAUUAUAUCUAAGGUGCCUUCUAGCUGUGGUUCAGACCCCUGAUUGGAUACUCCCACGGAGUGAUCCACAGGGCUCUCCAGCAUCAUUGAGUCCCUCUGGGAGCUGACUGAGUAGAGAGAAGACUUUUUCACUGUUUAGUUUGUAAUUAGGAAAUUUUGGAAGGAAAGGGGAGGUGGCCUAAGUAGACUUUAUAGAAUGAGUCCCCCAUCACUAGAAAUCUUCUAGUGGAGUGAACAAGUACAGGGGAUUCCUGCUCAGGUACAGGUUGAACCAAAUAAACUAUGGGGUCCCUCUCAGCUCUGAUACUCUAUUAUUCUCUAAGGAAGAACUUCCUAAUAACUAGAGCUAUCCAACAAUGGAAUAAAUUGCCUCAUGAGUUAGUGAGUUCACCAUCAGUGGACGUAUUCAAGCAGAGACUGGACGAACACCUUCCAGAAAGAGUGGAGACAGGAUUUCUGCACUGGGUAAGGCAUGGGGAACUAGACGAAUUCUAAGCUCCCUUCCAGAUUUAAGAUUCUAGGAUUCUCUUCCUCUGGUCCGAUACUUUUAUUCUAUCCCUUUGCACAUCAACCAGUUACAUCAGUGAAUAGUGAUGCCCUAGAAGGAAUGACUUCACCUUGUUUCCCUCCAGAUUUAUUUCCUCAGUCAUGGUCUUUCCUUUGCCUAGAAAUCACAGUAAGGAGCACUUAACCUUUCUCUCUUGCUCUAGACUGCUUGACCCUUUCCCCUCUGCAGGGUAGACUGAUCCCCUAAACUCCUAUGAAUUCUAAACUCUAUAUUCAAUGUGCCUCAUGUCUCAAACACACCACAGGGAUGAUUUUAUCAUUCCUCUUCAUGAUUCUAAGAAAGUCUGUGUCACUCCAAGGAAGAUUUAUAGCCUGACACCUGCUCCUCGUAAGUAAGCACUAUCCUUUCUUGGGCCCUCUGGCUCCAUUCCUUAAAUGUGGGUGGGGUUCACCAGGCUGGCUCUGGAAAAGCAGCUGCUGAGUGGAAUAUAAUGGCUUAUAUUCCUGGGACUCCCCCUGCUUCUGCUUUCUCCCUUAACUGGUCCCUCUGCCCUUUAAAGCAGAUGCCUCUCACUCUCAUACCUGCCUUCUUUCUCUUGAGAGAGUGAUGCUCUGAGGAGCCAGAGAUAUAUCACGGCUUAUAUUCCUGGAAGCCCCUUGCUUUCUUCCUUAACUGUGCUGCAAUGGGGGAUGGCUUCUCCAAGGAGACACAGAGCAUAACCUAAGUCCAUAGGUCACAUAGGACUGACAAGAGAUGAGCCUAAGCCUUCGAUGUGGUUCCUGUUGGUGGAAUGAUGAAGGUUCUUCCAUUUGAUAAGAGUUUGUCAGGGCCUGUGUUAACUGAGGAGAAGGCUGGGCCCUGCAGAGUCCUGCAAAAAGAAAUCUAAAGACUAACAUUCAAUGUUAUCAUUUGAAAUUCUAACCUGUAUUACACCCUCACUUCUUUUUGGGACCUUCUUGGCUUGCAUGGUCCAGGCCAGAAGCCACCUUGGGAGCUGAGAUCUCAUCACUGAUCUCUGAUAAUUUAGAAAGAUUUUUUUUUUAAUUUUGGUUAUUGUUGUUGGCUUUUUCCCUCUCCAUAAAACACAUACUUUCAACUAAGCCCUAUGCCCUCCUGUAUUUUUUUUUUCUGGUCUGGGUGGAAUUAGAUUCAACAGGGAAAAUACAGAACAGACUUCUCAUAGCCAAAGAACCUAGGCCUCCAUUGGUCAAUCUCUUCCCAUUUAUGCUCCUUGGGGCACAGUGGAUAGGUCUGUAGGAGGCAGUGUAGGCUGGUGUGGGCUUCCCAGUGAUAUGAGACAAUGGGACAUUCAUCUACCUUCUACCCACUAGCUCUUGCUUUUAAGGCUAGGCAUAAUAUACUUAGGGCAUGGCUGCCACCUUCAUCACAACACACAGUUUGGCAGGUUGUCAAUUGGUAAUCAAGAGAUCUGGAGCCUUUCCCCACUUAGCACACUCUGUGUGACCUUGAACACGUGACUUUCCCAUCCCUGAGCCCAUUUCUUAACUGUAUAAUGAAAAGGAUUGAAUCUGA